AUGGAGGACCACGAGGAGGAGGAGGAGGAGAUCACCGCCGACUCGCUGCGGUACAGGCCCCGGCCGCUGCCCCUGUCGGCGCUGUCUUACAUCGGUUACAUCCCGCUGGGGCGCCGGGACCCCAAGGAGCACAGCUACUUCAGCCGCCCGAGCCAGACAGGAAUCACUUCCAUGUAUGACUGUAUUUUUAAGAGGGACCCAGGAUAUAAUCAGAAAUUGCACCGAGAUGACAGAGAACAUGCGAAGGGCCUGGGACUUCAUGUUAACCAGGAGGAGCAGGAGAGGCCCGUCGGGGUGCUGAUGUCAUCUGUCUACGGGAAGCGCGUCCACCAGCCAGUGGAGCCUCUGAACCUGGAGCACGGCCGCGCCAACCAUCUGAAGGCCGACUUCAACAGGAAGAAUGAGAUCCCCAGCUUCAAGGAUCCUGGCUUUGGACACAUUUCUCCAGCAUGA